UUUUUUAAACGAACCUUUGAAAAAACACACCAGGAUGCAGCAUGUUUGGUUCGUUUGCAAAAAUACUUUCCAUCAUAUGCAUAUUAAACAUGCAUUAACACUAAAUUACCGUAUAAUGAUGUUAAAUAAAAUUUUACAAAAAAAGUAACUAUCUAUGUACAAUAUUAUUAAUAUUAAUGAUCUCGCAUGUGUGUAAAUGAAACAGUGAGAGAAGUGGUGUGUUGGCAAUGAUUAGAACGAAAUAGUUCCAUAGCCAAAAAAUAUAUUUUUUGACUUUCCGCGUGUAUUUAAGAAUUUGUUUGGGUAUUUGUUAAGUUUGAACAUUUUUUUAAAUCUCUGGUGAAAUAAAAACGUUAUGUUAACGGUAAAAAAAUAUUACGUGCCGAAACCGUGGUCGCGCAUUAAUAAUGUUAAUAGUCACUUGUUUGUUUUCUCUUUCAGCCGUUUGUCUGCAGUCUGCAGUCUGUACGCCAUAUUGCAGUGUGUUUUAAUAUAUUACUGACCGUGAAAUAACGUACAGUUUGUGUUUCAGGAUUUUGUGUUAAUAUUGUGUAUUUUAACUUUGUUAUAUUAUUUAUUAUCUACUAUUGUAAUGAUGGAAUUUGUUAUCGUUUUGAUAUUUUGUGUGGUUCUUGUGAUUGCUGUAAUGGUAAUUGGUUCCGGGAUGGGGAAAGCUACUUCGUCGCAGCGUCAGAUGGACAUCAUUAACGUCGCUCAGAACUUAUAUGUUUUAAUUAGAAAAGGCGACUUGAAGAAAUGUGACGUUACGCAGACGACCGCGUUUCUUCUCAACAUCGCAAAGUCAACUGUUCUCAAGUACUACAAGAAAGACAUUGAAGAAGUUUCAACACCAGGAAAAAAGAGGAAAAAAAGGCCACAGGAAGGAAAGUCACUUGACACAGUCGACGAUUUCACAGUAAAUGCAAUCAGGAAUGCAAUUUACAGGAUGUACGCUGAAGGUUUGAAUGUUACAGUCGACACCAUUUUGAAAGAAAUCAGGGAAAGACAAAUAGAUUAUUAUGGUGGAAGAUCAAGUCUUCAUAAAUUGUUAAAGAAGAUGGGAUUUUCAUGGACAACUGUUGAUGGACGAAAAGCUUUGAUAGAGAAUGAAAACAUAGUAUUGCAGCGAAUAGAUUUCUUGAGAAAGUAUAAAGAAGAAAAAGAAAGAGGUGCCAAUUUCAUAUUUGUUCAUGAAACAUGGAUUUUCCAGAGAGGCAAGGCAUUAAUUUAUUUGAAAAUUUGUUCUGUGGUCCAAUACAAAGUAUUUCAUUUCCAUUUCAUAUAUUUUUCAGGAACUGUAUCAAAGUCAUGGCAGGACAAGAGUCUACAAUCUGCGAAGAGACGUACUGUUGGAGAUGGUAAAAGGUUUAUUGUUGUUAAUGCUGGAGGGCGCACUGGCUUUGUGCCAGGAGCAGGAUUACUUUUUGUUUCAGGUCAGAAGACUGCAGACUACCAUGGCGAGAUGAAUGGGGAAACUUUCUUGAUGUGGUUUGAAGACAUGUUGGUGCAUCUUGAGGAACCCAGUGUCAUCAUAAUGGACAAUGCUUCAUAUCACAGCACCCAGGUUGAGAAAACACCUACAACGAACUGGACCAAGGCUGCACUGAUCGCGUGGCUGGAGAAGAAUGGGAUAAAACAUGAAAAUAAUUUGUUGAAAGUGGAGCUGCUGAGAAUAGCUAAACAAAACAAGCCCCGAAUACGGUAUAUUAUUUCGUUUUUUUUACAGCAUUUCUUUAAAAGUGAGAUAGUUGCAAAAAAUUACGUAUACACCUUGUUCUAACACACUUUUCAGAUAUGAGGUAGACGAGUUGGCUCGUAACUAUGGCCACGAAAUUCUACGACUCCCACCCUAUCACUGCCACUAUAAUGCAAUCGAACUAGUUUGGGCUCAAUGUAAACACCAUUACAAUAGUAACGUGGGGCGGGCCAAGAGAUUUGACAAUGAUGCAGUUGCAGCCAUCUGGAAAGAGGCUCUUGAUGCUUCCACACCAGAGAGGUAUUUUUAUGUUGCAUGACCAAUGGGGUAUUCCUUUUGAAGUAGAAAUUGUUUUAUUUUCCUGUAGAACAUUCCUCAAGCUUCAGCAAAACCCUUACCAUACAUUUUUACAUAAUACGUAAGUAUUGUUGCCUAGCAGCCUGGUCCUACCAUUCCUUUUGAUAACUUUGUGUGCUAGUGUGUGUAUAGUGUGAUUAUGAUUUUGUGUAUAUUCAUAUACCAGUAAUACAGUUUUAAAACAAUUGGUAAAAAUAAGUGGUUUGAAUUUGUGUAGUUGUCGUUUUGAAAAUGUGUUGCAUGUAUGUGUUUGUGUUCGUGUUUGUGUUUGUGUUUGUAAUUUUAUUCCCAUGUGAUUCAUACAUAUCUGUGUAGUUUCUAGAUCUAACAGUGGUGACUUAUUUGCAAGGUUUUUUUUUGUAAUUGCAGUCCAUUUGCAAUUGUUUCAUUUCCAUAAAUAGUUUUGUAUUUAUUAGUAAUUGUGAUAUUACUUUCUGUUAUGCUUAAUCUUGUGUCAAUGACUUUAAAGUUAUGGUGGGUUCAGUGCUGUAGGCAGAUUUCAAUAUUCAGAUAAAAUUUCAACGUAGAGAAUUUUGAAUAUUUUCAUCUAGCGAACUUGAAUAGGUAUUUACACAUGUAGUUCUUGCACAUUAGUAUUUUCAAAAGUUAUGUUAUUAUAGUGAAAUACAUAUACAGUAAAUCAUCAAAACUAUUCAAAAAAUUAAAUUUUCGCUAUAUCUCACUGUUUUUGUCUGGGACAAAUUUUAACCAAAAACAAACACAAAAAUUAUGAAAUAAAUAUUUUAUCAUAUGCAUUCUAAGCCUUUAUUGAUAACAUAUAUAAUAUUUACAGCUUUAUUAUAUCUUGAAUAAACCACUAUAAUUUUUUUUUUCAGAUAACAUAAAACAAAACAUGUUACUUCAAGUAUUAAAUAAUAGCUUUGAUAGUUGAGGAAAACACAUUAAAUGAGUUUUGUUGUGUUUAAAAAUAGUUUCUUGUGGAGUGAGUUCAAAAUUGUAUGUAAUAAAGAGCAUGCCAUGCAUUGUUUACUAUGCCGUUUUGACAGAAACAAACAUAUUUUGUUAUAGAGUGGUUUUUGCUAUAAACAGGUCAUUUAUAUAGAGGUUUUACUGUAUACAUUAAUUU